AUGCCAUUCCUAAAUUAUAAUAUGUCAUACAAUGAUACUUCCACUUCUUCAAUUACUUCAAGUCCUCAACUUUCAUAUGAUAAUAUUUCAUCUGGUGUUUCAUGUGAAGGAUCACCUCGAAGUGAGACUACAUCUUAUCUAGAAUUGUGUCCCUCUGGACAUGAUGGAUCUCAAAUGCUUUUAAUCGAAUAG